AUGAAGAAAAAGGUUCUAUUGAUGGGAAAGAGUGGAUCUGGCAAAACGAGUAUGAGAUCCAUAAUAUUUGCUAACUAUAUAGCAAGAGAUACACGGCGGCUAGGUGCUACAAUUGAUGUUGAACAUUCACAUGUCCGGUUUCUGGGUAAUUUAGUCCUUAAUUUAUGGGAUUGUGGAGGCCAAGAAGCAUUCAUGGAAAAUUAUUUUGCAUCUCAGAGAGAUAAUAUUUUCAGGAAUGUUGAAGUCCUUAUAUAUGUUUUUGAUGUUGAAAGCAGAGAGAUGGAAAAGGAUAUGCAUUACUAUCAAUCUUGCCUAGAAGCUAUUUUACAGAACUCUCCUGAAGCCAGAAUAUUCUGCCUAGUACAUAAAAUGGAUCUUGUAGCUGAAGAACGGCGGGAAGAAAUUUUUAAAACUCGUGAGGAAGACUUGAAAAGGCUCUCUAAACCACUUGAAUGUACCUGUUUUAGAACUAGUAUAUGGGAUGAAACACUCUACAAGGCAUGGUCCAGUAUAGUGUACAAAUUAAUACCCAAUGUUAAAGCACUAGAAUCAUCACUGAGACAGUUUGCCGCUAUAGUGGAUGCUGAUGAGGUGUUACUAUUCGAGCGCGCGACGUUUCUCGUGGUGUCGCACUGCCAGCGGCGGCCGCACCGCGACGCGCACCGCUUCGAGAAGGUCUCCAACAUCGUGAAACAGUUCAAGCUGUCGUGCUCCAAGCUCGCCGCGCAGUUCCAGAGCAUGGAGGUGAGAAACAGUGUAUUUGCAGCGUUCAUAGACGGCUUCACAAGCAACACCUACGUCAUGGUCGAGAUGUCGGACCCCAAAAUACCGUCUGAAGCAACACUCAUAAAUAUACGAAACGCAAGAAAACACUUUGAAAAACUAGAAAAAGUAUCCUCUAGUGCCCCCAGCCAGUACCAG